AUGUUGUCGGUGAAGCGGAAAUGGUUGGAGCACCAGCUUCUGCGGGCAGAUGAAAAGUUGAAGCAGCAAUGGGAAGCAUUAUCGGCGGACGAGGUCACCUCCCAACUGUUGGCCUGGAGAGUUCGUCCACUCUCAGGCACCGAUGAGUUCAAGCAACGUCUCGGCUCUACUUUGGACGAGCUCAUCUGCAAGCGAAUGGCAGAUCUACCUUUCGCAGGUGACGUGGAGUCGAGAUCGCUGCUUACAGAGCUCGGGUUUGCCAAAGCUUAUUUACCGCAUCCGGCGGGCAUCUUUCUGGAGUGGGAGGUGCCAGCAUGCACAGAACAGACGGAAGAAGUCGCAAUCCAGGGCCUCAGAAGGUUUCGGAGCCUGCCACCGAUCCAGAUAGCAGCCUGGUGGUCUGUGCUAGCCUCUCGUGCUCGCCGACAGCAGGAAGCUCUCAGAAAUGCCCUCUGCAACGACGUCGGCCUUGUGGAAGCAGUGCACUUCAAGGAAGCGGACUUUGAGCGCUCCGGCUUCGAUGCUUUUCGCGAUGAGCAGAUCAAGCGGGGGACGGAGCCCCUCACGUUGCCAGGCCUGCAGAUUGUGGAUCCCCUUUGGGAGCUCGCCCAGGAGGAAGAGUUCUUGAGCUUGGAUCAGGCAUAUGUCAUAGAGCCAGGUAGGCAGGCGGGCCGCAAGCGGACAAGCAGGGAGAAAGACACAAUUCUGCAGGCCUGGUCCCAAAAGCGCUACAGCCAUCCUCGUGACAAGGACUCUCCUGCGCAGCUUCAGCUGCGCCAAGCUCUCCGGGAGUACAACACCCGGUACGCAUUUGACCCGGAGCAUGGGCAGAAGGGUGGAGUCGGGAACAUUGACGAGGAGAUCGACAGAUACCGGAAGUAUGCUGACAUGUUGCGAACGCAAAUCGUGGAUUCGGUCACGUUCAUGCACCAAGACAUAGUGCAGGGCUGCAAGGUCUUGGUAGAGGGUGCCAAUGCAGCCCUGCUCGAUAUCGACUUUGGCACUUACCCGUUCGUCACAUCAUCCAACACAACGGUUGGAAGCGUGUGCACAGGACUGGGGGUGCCGCCAAAAGUGGUGGAUGCGGUCAUUGGAGUGGUUAAGGCCUACACGACUCGAGUUGGGCACGGACCUUUCCCGACAGAGUUACAGAACGAGAUGCAGUCUCUCGAGGACUACACUGAGAUGUACAUUGGCCCAGAUGCCCGCUACGAGCGCAAGGGCCACACAGGUGGCCCCUUCGACCUGAAGUCUGGCCAGCCGGUUAAGGUUGGAAUGAUGCUACAGGAGGUGGGAGCAGAAUACGGCACUACCACCGGCCGAAGGCGGAGGUGUGGUUGGCUGGACCUGGCUUUGGUCAAGUAUUCGGCCAUGGUCAACGGCUUUGACAGCAUCAACAUUACCAAGCUUGAUGUUCUCACUGGCCUCAAGCAGAUUCGAGUCGCUAUCGCGUACAGGAACAGACGCAUGACCGAAGUCCGCCUGCCGUCCGGAUACUUUCCUUCGCACUUGGAUGACCUCAAGGAAGUCGUCUGUGAGUAUGAAACUCUCCAGGGCUGGUCAGAAGAUAUUUCCAAGUGCACCAGAUGGGAAGAUCUGCCAGAGAACGCCAAAACGUAUGUCCUCAGGAUCCAAGAACUCUUGGGCAUUCCGGUUUCCUGGGUCGGUGUCGGCCCGGAUCGAUCCAGCAUGUUGAAGCUUCCAAUGAGGAAGUGCCUCGACCCGCAAAGUUCUGCAAGCAGCCUUGUGCGCGCGCGGGGUGGGUGGGUGUGUGUGUGUGUGUGUGUGGACUUCUCUCGAACAUGA